GCGCGCCGGGAAGGCGGAAGCGGCUCCCGGGCAACGAGUGCCGGGACCGGGGGUCCGGAGGGGCCAUGGCCGGGGCCGGCUGGGCCCCGCCGCGCCUCGACGAGUUCAUCCUCACCGAGCCCCUCGGCUCGGGCACCUACGCCACCGUCUACAAGGCCUACAGGAAGAGGGACACGCGUGAGGUGGUGGCCAUCAAGUGCGUCAACAAGAGGAGCCUGAACCGGGCAUCGGUGGAGAACCUGCUGACAGAGAUCGAGAUCCUCAAGACCAUCCGCCAUCCCAACAUUGUGGAGCUCAAGGACUUCCAGUGGGACAGUGAGCACAUCUACCUGAUCAUGGAGUUCUGCGCCGGGGGGGACCUCUCCCGCUUCAUCCGGAUGCGCCGGAUGCUCCCCGAGAAGGUGGCGCGCGUCUUCCUGCAGCAGCUCGCCUGUGCCCUGAAGUUCCUCCACGACCGCAACAUCUCCCACCUGGACCUGAAGCCGCAGAACAUCCUCCUGAGCUCCCCGGAGAACCCCCAGCUGAAGCUGGCAGAUUUCGGCUUUGCUCAGUACAUGUCCCCGUGGGACGAGAAGCACGUGCUGCGCGGCUCCCCGCUCUACAUGGCCCCCGAGAUGGUGUGUCGGCAGCACUACGACGCCCGCGUGGACCUCUGGUCGGUGGGCGUCAUCCUUUACGAAGCGCUUUUUGGGAAGCCGCCCUUCGCUUCCCGCUCCUUCGCCGAGCUGGAGGAGAAGAUCCGCAGCGACCGGGCUGUGGAGCUUCCCAGCCGGCCCCAGCUCUCUCUGGAAUGCCGGGAUCUCUUGGGACAGCUGCUGGAGAGGGACCCUCGGAAGCGCAUCUCCUUCGAGUGCUUCUUUGCCCACCCCUUCGUGGACAUGGAGCACAUCCCCGGCCCCGAGAGCCUGGGCAAGGCGACCGACCUGGUGGUGGAGGCGGUGAGGAAGGAUCAGGAGGGAGACGCCGGUGCCGCCUUUUCCCUCUACCGCAAAGCCCUGGAGUAUUUCGUGCCAGCACUGCACUAUGAAAGCGACGCACGGCGCAAAGAAGCCAUCCGGGCCAAGGUGAGGCAGUACAUCUCCCGAGCAGAGGAGCUGAAGGUGUUGGUCACCUCCAGCAACAAGAACCUCCUGGAGAAAGGAAACCCGGCCAGAGAGCUCCUUAAAGAGAUGGCCAAGGACAAGCCCCGGCUCUGCGCGGCGCUGGAAGUGGCUUCAGCUGCCAUCGCCAAGGAGGAGGAAGGCAGGGAUGACAGCGACGCCCUGGAGCUGUACCAGCAGAGCUUGGGGGAGCUGCUGCUGCUCCUGGCCGCGGAGCCGGCGGGGCGGCGGCGGGAGCUGCUCCAUGCGGAGAUCCAGGCCCUGAUGGCCCGAGCCGAGUACCUGAAGGAUCAGAUCAAGGCCCCUCUCCCUUGGCAGAUGCGGGAGGCGCAAUCCAUGGGCAAAGAGGCGCUGGCGGAGUCCCUCCGGAGCGCCUGUACCUUGCAGUGACUCCCGGGAGCUGCCCCGCGGGACGCUGCUCGCUGCCCUGCCGGGAGACGCCGGCGCCCAGACGAGGCUUCUGUCCCCCCCACCGG